GUUCGACUCGAGCCGAGCGGUGCAGCAGCUGAGAGCCUGCGGAGUCCUGGAGACCAUCCGGAUCAGCGCCGCCGGGUACCCGUCCAGGUGGACGUACCCAGAUUUCUUCAGCAGGUAUCGAGUGUUGCUCAGAAAGUCCGACAUGAUGUCGUCCGACAAGAAGCAGGUGUGUAAAAACCUGCUGGAGACUCUGAUCAAGGAGCCGGACAUGUUCCAGUUCGGAAAGACGAAGAUCUUCUUUCGGGCGGGACAGGUGGCGUACCUGGAGAAGCUCCGCGCCGACAAGUUCCGCGCCGCCUGCAUCAAAAUCCAGAAGACGGUUCGAGGUUGGCUGCAGAGAGUUCGAUACCGUAAGAUCCGCAGGGCGGCCAUCGCUCUGCAGAGACACGGCCGAGGAUACCUGGCCCGCAGACACGCUGAGUUCCUGCGUCGGACUCGCGCCGCCCUCGUGUGUCAGAAGCAGCUGCGGAUGGUGAGGGAGCGGCGGGCGUAUCUGAGGGUGAGGCGGGCCGUGGUCACCAUCCAGGCGUUCACCAGAGGGAUGUUCACCCGCAGGAUCUACUGGGAGUUUCUGCUGCACCACAAGGCCAUGAUCAUCCAGAAGUAUGUCCGCGGCUGGCUGCAGAGGACCAAGUUCAGGCGGGCGCGGGACGCCGCCAUCACCAUCCAGUGCGGGUUCAGACGCGUGCGAGCGAAGCGGCAGCUGCAGCAGCUGAAGAUCGAGGCGCGCUCGGCCGAGCGCCUGAAGAAACUCAACACGGGGAUGGAGAACAAGAUUGUCCAGCUGCAGAGGAAGAUGGAUGAUCAGGUACAGAGACGCAGCAAGGACACCGCUCAAACGUCCCGCAGCUACACCGCUGUCACAUCCACACAGCACGCGGCAGCUACACUGCUGUCACAUCCACACAGCAUGCAGAGCUACACCGCUGUCGCAUCCACACAGCACGCCGCAGCUACACUGCUGUCACAUCCACACAGCACGCAGAGCUACACCGCUGUCACAUCCACACAGCACGCCGCUGCUACACCACUGUCACAUCCACACAGCACGCAGAGCUACACCGCUGUCACGUCCACACAGCACGCAGAGCUACACCGCUGUCACAUCCACGCAGCUACACCGGUGUCACAUCCACACAGCACGCCGCAGCUACACUGCUGUCACAUCCACACAGCACGCAGAGCUACACCGCUGUCACAUCCACACAGCACGCAGAGCUACACCGCU